AGAAGUAUUGUGUGUGUAUAGAUAAUCCGCUCCCCUCCCCCCACCUCCCUAAAGACAUCGGGUCCCAGGACUGGGGAGGGGAGGGGGUAGCAGAUGGACUCCCUGAGAGAAGCAUCCUGUGCCCCUCUCCUGCUGGCACCCCCAAGCCCCAUGCAGGGGAGAGGCGAGUGCCCUGCGGUACACAGCCGAAGACAAGCUUCUCCAGGAAUGAUACUGCUAAAUUCUUUGCAGGGUUAAUCAGGUCCGCGAGUACAGUCUGUAGCUGCUCUGCAUCCUCUUUCCCGAAGUGGCUCGGGUUGGACAGCAUCUUCCUUGAGUUGAGGGUCUUGGGUGCACCGGGCUGAGGCCAGGCCAGACGGGGGCGUCGAACGGCAGCUAGGCUCGAGCUUCCGAGGGCGCCCACGGGAAGCAGGUGCUCCUCCCUCUCCGCACCGCCCAGAGCCUUAGAACUUGGGGAGCCGUCCCAGCGGAACCGCGGCGCUUCGCCUUGACCGUUGCGCUCCACCUGUCUCCAGCCGGCUGCCAGGCAACAGCGCUCGGCCGAGCAGCUCUACCGUCCCUGCCUCCCCUCCGGCGCGGGCGGGCGCUGGAUCCCGGGCUGAUCCAGGCCGGGUUUUGCGGCGGAGUCCGAGAUCCCUGAUUUCUCAUCGGUUGCCCGCGGCAGCGGUAGGCGGCGGGAGAUCAUGGUGCUGGGCGAACUGUGGGCCUCGCUCUCCGGCGUCUCCGGGGCAGCCCUGGCCUGCUGCUUCGUGGCGGCGGCCUUGGCCCUGCGCUGGUCCAGUCGCCGGACAGCGAGGGCCUCUGCGGUCCGAGCGCGACGGAGGCAGAAAGCGGCCCUGGACACCAUGGACAAGGCGGCUCAGCGCUUCCGGCUCCAGAACCCUGACCUGGACUCGGAGGCGCUGCUGGCCCUGCCCCUGCCUCAACUGGUACAGAAGUUACACAGUGGGGACCUGUCUCCUGAGGCUGUGCUCUUCACCUACAUGGGAAAGGCCUGGGAAGUCAACAAAGGGACUAACUGUGUGACCACCUACCUGGCAGACUGUGAGACUCAGCUGUGCAAGGUCCCAAGGCAGGGCCUGCUCUAUGGUGUCCCUGUGAGCCUCAAGGAGUGCUUCAGCUAUAAGGGCCAGGACUCGACACUGGGCUUGAGCCUGAACCAGGGGGUGCCAGCGGAGGCUGACUGUGUGGUGGUGCAGGUGCUGAAGUUGCAGGGCGCCUUGCCCUUCGUGCACACCAAUGUCCCCCAGUCCAUGUUCAGCUUUGACUGCAGUAACCCCCUCUUUGGCCCGACCAUGAACCCAUGGAAUUCUUCCAAGAGCCCAGGUGGCUCCUCAGGGGGCGAGGGGGCCCUCAUUGCCGCUGGGGGCUCCCCACUGGGCUUAGGCACCGACAUUGGAGGCAGCAUCCGCUUUCCCUCAGCCUUCUGUGGCAUCUGCGGCCUCAAACCCACGGGGAACCGCCUCAGCAAGAGUGGCCUGAAGGGCUGUGUCUAUGGACAGGUAGCAGUACAGCUGGCAGUCGGCCCUAUGGCCCGGGACGUGGAGAGCCUGGCACUAUGCCUGCGAGCACUGCUGUGUGAGGACAUGUUCCGCUUGGACCCCACCGUGCCCCCCUUGCCCUUCAGGGAGGAGGUCUACAGGAGCUCUCAGCCCCUGCGUGUAGGGUAUUAUGAGACUGACAACUAUACCAUGCCCACGCCGGCCAUGAAGCGGGCCCUGCUGGAGACCAAGCAGAGACUUGAGGUUGCUGGCCACACGCUGGUUCCCUUCCUGCCGAGCAACAUACCCCACGCUCUGGAGACCCUGGGCACGGGCGGACUGUUCAGUGACGGCGGAGCGACCUUCCUACAGAACUUCAAAGGUGAUUUCGUGGAUCCCUGCUUGGGGGACUUGAUCUCAAUUCUGAGGCUGCCCGGAUGGCUUAAAGGACUGCUGGCUUUCAUGAUGAAGCCUCUGCUCCCAAGGUUAUCAUCCUUUCUCAACAAUAUGAAGUCUCGGUCAGCCGGAAAGCUCUGGGAACUGCAUCAUGAGAUUGAGGUAUACCGGCACUCCGUGAUGGCCCAGUGGAGAGCCCUGGAGCUGGAUGUGCUGCUCACCCCCAUGCUGGGCCCUGCUCUGGACCUGAAUGGCCCAGGCAAGGCCACAGGUUGUGAGGAAGAGCGUGGGGCUGCCUGUGGCUGUGCAGUGCGUGGCUCUGCCCUGGCAGGAAGAGCUGUGUCUGCGGUUCAUGCGGGAGGUGGAGCAACUGAUGAACCCGGACAAGCAGCUCUCCUGACUGCCGCCCACCUGACCCCCGAGGACCCGAGACCCGCCUGGAGCUGCAUCCAGCCUGGUCAGGGCUGCGUUGCCGCCCCGCCAGGAAGUGUUCAGCCUGGGCUGAGGCUUCCGAGUCCCUCCUCUGUCGCCCCCUACAAGAAGCCCAGACCCACUGAAUCUGGACCUCACUUCCUCCCCAGGUCCGCUCUCUGUCCUGACCACCCCCUCACCGUGGCAGCCAGAGGGCAUGACAUGAUGACUAACAGUCAAGAACUGGUGUCUGGUGUGUGUGUGCUUUCUGGCGGUCACUUAGGGGCCCAGGGGUUGGAUAUCCGCCCUCCUAGAACCCAACUUCAGCCAUGUCCAUCUCCUGCUCCCAGACCUCCUCUAGUUCCUGUCACUCACAGCAUGGACACAGGUUUUUCAGGGUGGCUCUUGCAGCCCCAGCUCUUCACCCUCACCCACUGUCUCCCUGUCCCCGCCUCCCAACCCUCAGACUAAGCCCUACUUUGUUAGACAUUGUCUUCUAUCUCUCUUCUCCCUGUGCUCCUUCCCUCUGCUGAGGAGGCCCUUUCUGCUCCUCUACCAUUAAAUCCUUUGAGGCCCA